UCCAAAACGAUGGGAAAAAGUUGCACUGGAGUUCAAGCGUGGUGUCCUGUUGCGUGAUCUCCCGCAGCUAUCCUCAGGAAACCAACCAUCUCUGUUCACUGACGAUCAGCGCUGAGCGCCACAGCCAAGUGCGCUGCGCUGUUUUAAGUCUACUCUGGAGGGGGAAAACCAAUAGCAGGAAUAAAACUGGUUUCAUAUUUUAGAUUUGAAACCCGCUCGCUGCAUCGGAGUCACCAGAUAUGAUGAAUUUUAUCCCCAUCUGCCUGCUUUGUGGAUUGUAUGGUGUUCUUGCAAAAGACAAAGAUCAAAAGGGGAAGUACAGCGUUCCUAUUCUGGAUGUGAAAACCCGGCAGCUGGUCCUUGACACUAACCAGACACUACUGCUCCGCUGCAGGGGUCGCUGGGAGCUGACAUGGGCGUUCCCAUCAGGUUUGGCCAGAGAUCAGGUGCAAGUGGAGGAGUCUCGUUGUGGGAGGACAAGCCAGCAGUACUGCAGCCGUUUGAUGGUCAUCAGCACCGAGACCCAGCACACUGGCCUGUUCCGCUGCAGAUACCGACACCGAACCCAAAAACAGACCUCCAUCUAUGUAUAUGUCACAGACAGCCAGCAGCCAUUUGUGGAACAUCCGGGUAUGAGCCCAGAUGUGUUGUACAUGAAGGAGAAGCAGCCGCUGGUCAUCCCCUGCCGGGUCACCCACCCUAACGCCACCACCACACUGGUCAAGUACCCUAACCACAGCCUGAGUCCGGACCAGAGGAACAUCAUUUGGAAUAGCAAGCAGGGUUUCACCAUCCGAACUCCCACCUUCUAUUACAUUGGCCUCUUCUACUGCCAGACAAUCACUGACGGCAUCACACACAAGUCACGUAUAUACUUUGUACACAGAACAGUGAGUAACAUCAUGGAGGUCUAUCUGAACAGCAGUGGACCUGUGCAGGCCCUAAAGGGAGAGAGGCUAGUCUUGAACUGCACUGCCACCGGGGAGUUGAACACCAGAGUCAACAUCACCUGGGACUAUCCAGGAAAGAAUAACAACACAGGCUCCACUUCCAAGAGGCUCCUGAAACACAGAACGCACAUGUUGUUCUACAAUAUUCUGACCAUCCCGAAGCUCCAGCGUUCAGACCGAGGCCUCUACACAUGCCGCGUGACCAGCGGGGAAAAAACCAAACAACAGAAAGUCACUGUUACAGUUUAUGACCGUCCGUUUAUUCGCCUGAAGUCCAGACAUGGAUCUAUGAUGGAGGUACAGGCAGGACAGAAAUCGUACAGAAUCUCUCCCAAACUACGAGCGUUCCCUGCCCCUGAAGUCACCUGGUUGAAGGAUGGCAUGGUGGCAGCAGAGCAAUGCUCCAGAUACCACAUGGAUGGGAAUUCCCUGGUGAUCCGGGAUGUGGCAGAGGAGGAUGCUGGGAAGUACACUGUCCUGGUACGAAUCCAGGAACAUGGACUCUACCAGAAUCUCACGCUCACUCUUGUGGUCAAUGUGAGUCCUCAGAUAGGGGAGAAAGCGGUGUCGUUGCAGGACCCGGGCUCGGUGCCACGGGGGAGCAGACAAGCCCUCCAUUGCACAUCCCACGGAGUCCCUCCUCCACACAUCCAGUGGCUAUGGCAUCCCUGCCCAUCCAAAGGCCUGUGUGUGUGUCCAACAUCCUCCUCCCUUUGGAGCCCUGUUACAGAGAGGGUCCCUGCCACGUUCACAAGCAACCACAUCCUGAGUAUUACACACAGACAAGAAGUGCUUCAAGGGAAGAAAAAGACAGUGGGGGUCCUAACUGUGGCAGAGGCCUUUGUGUCUGGAGUGUAUCGCUGCACUGCUUCUAACUCUGCAGGCACUGACCAGCUAGACCUCCACUUCUACGUCACAGAUGUCCCAGGAGGCUUCAGUGUUAGCCAGAGGGAGGAGCCUAGAGAGGGUGGAGAACUCCAUCUCACCUGUGUAGCCAAUAAGUACCUGUACACAGCGUUGUCAUGGCAACGAGUGAAUGACACAGAGGGCGCCCAAUCCCACAGCCCUGUCCUGAGUAGUCAGCAGCUCACAUUGGGGGAGUUUUCCAAUUCUCUGGUCCUGUUGCUAAGCAACCUAACAGCCAGAGACUCUGGUGCCUACAGAUGCUCUGCCCACCACCUGAUCAUCGGACAGGAGGCCCACCUGGACACACAGGUGGCGGUCACAAUUUUGGAGCCUCCAGUGCUGCUUAAUAAUCUGACAGAUUGUACUGUCAACCUCAGCAGCUCAGUAAUCCUUAGCUGUCCCUCUGAAGGAGUCCCAACCCCAAUCAUCACGUGGUACAAGGAUGAACGUGCUCUGUCUCAGGGAUCAGGUAUUGUGAUAUCAACUGCAGCUGGGACCCUCCAUAUUGAUCGAAUCACAGUUGAGGAUCAGGGGAUGUAUACAUGCCAGGCCACCAAUGAGAGGGGAUCUGCAGAGAGUUCUGCCUAUAUAUGGGUAAACCGUGCCUCAGAAGCCUCAUUUCUGGAGAUUCCCACACUUACCUGUACCUGUGUGGUGGCCACUCUCUUCUGGCUUUUGCUGACGCUCUUCAUACGCAAACUGAAACAGCCCAACAGCUCAAACGCCAAACCAGAGUACCUGUCAAUCAUUCUAGACAGAGGGGAGGGGCCAAUAGAGGAGCAGUGUGAGAGACUACAAUACGACCCCAACCAAUGGGAGUUCCCUCGGGAGCGGCUUAAAUUAGGGAAACCUCUGGGCCGCGGAGCCUUUGGUAAGGUGAUGCAGGCAGCUGCGUUUGCUAUAGACAACGACACCAGCUGCAGGACUGUGGCUGUUAAAAUGCUCAAAGAGGGAGCUACAGCCAGCGAACACAAAGCUCUGAUGACUGAACUGAAAAUCCUCAAUCACAUUGGACAUCAUCUUAACGUAGUCAACCUCCUGGGAGCCUGCACCAAGCCGGGAGGACCACUGAUGGUCAUUGUGGAGUACUGUUGCUAUGGAAAUCUUUCUAACUUCUUGAAAGGCAAGAGAGAGGUGUUUAUUGACAACACGCUGGCCGGAGGAAAAGAUGGAGGGCCAGGUUGUUUCGGCAGCGUGUCUGAGUUUGAUGAGAGGGACGAGAAAGAGAAUCAACUUGAUCCCAAAUCUGCCCCUAACUCCCCUUUAUUCCUGGAGGACCUCAUCUCCUUUAGCUUCCAGGUGGCACGAGGAAUGGAGUUUCUGGCUUCUCGCAAGUGUAUUCACCGAGACCUGGCAGCCAGAAACAUUUUGCUUUCUGACAAUAAAGUGGUUAAGAUCUGUGACUUUGGCCUGGCCAGAGACAUCUACAAAGACCCUGACUAUGUCCGCAAGGGAGAUGCCCGCCUCCCUCUAAAGUGGAUGUCUCCAGAGUCCAUCUUUGACAAGGUGUUCACCACGCAGAGUGACGUGUGGUCCUACGGCAUUCUGCUGUGGGAGAUCUUUUCUUUGGGAGCUUCCCCUUACCCUGGUCUUCACAUAGAUGAAGAGUUCUGCCACAGACUAAAGGGGGGAACAAGGAUGCGAGCGCCUGAAUACAGCACUCCUGAGAUUUACAGCACGAUGCUGGCAUGCUGGGAGGCCAGUCCCUCAGAUCGACCCACCUUCACUAACCUGGUGGAGACCCUGGGAGACCUGCUGCAAGCGAGGGUUCAGCAGGAUGGAAAGGAUUAUAUUCCUCUGGGAUCUUUCAUGACUGGAGACACUGGUCGCAGCGAGACCUUCAAAGAAAACCUGCUUGCAGUCACAAACAUGAGUUACAUGAGGGGUAUGGCCACACUACAGACGUUUGAGGAACUGCCCUGCGAGGAGCCAGACAGCCCUGACGAUGAGCAGAGUGACAGUGGCAUGGUCCUCCCAUCUGAGGAGCUAAAGCGUCUGAUGUGGAAUAACAGCACCAAGAACAGGAAACUCAGCAGGUUCUUUGCCUUCACUAACUGCCGGGACAACCAGGUGCCUUUCCUGUGCAAUGACAUCACAAGUGUCUGUGAUGACAAGCCGUCUAUCUUGCAGUGUGAUUGGGAGUCUGACGAGGGUGGCUCCCCUCCUCCGGAUUAUAACUCUGCUUUUUUAUACCCCACCCUCUAGCAUGUGUUCCUGAACCGAUUUACACAUGGUAUAUAUUUUCUUGCUGAUAAUAUAGUCAACUAAAAUGUAAUCUGCUUUUCAACCUCAAUCCUCUACCUCAUUAUAAUAUCUGCAUUUAUUCAUCUGUCGUCCUUUUUCCUCCUUCAGCCAGAGAUAAUUUCUCUAGAUUUAACACAAAACAUCCCUUUGUUUUUCUUCAGUUCCCAAAACCAUAUGCUGUUGUACAACAAAGCCUUACCAAGUAUUAACUUGCAUUACAACACACAACCCCUUCCAAGAGCAGCUAAGUAUUACCUGAUAGUACUUAUCAUAUGCAGUUAUGCAGAAUGUAUUUACUGACCUACAACUAUUAGAGCUUAUUGUAUUGGUACCUCAUGUGCUGAGCUUUGUGAAAAGGAACACUGCUGUAUGUAAUAAUAGUUCCUUCUACACAGCUACUAUAUGCUGGAAAGAAAGUUAUUAUAUACUGAGUUAUAUUAUGUGUUAGACAGGAUGUAUCCGUCUGUAUUUAUUGUAAUGCUGUAAUCAUUUCAUGGAUGAGGCUGUAUCUCACUGUGAAUGUUAAUAUCCACUCAGUUUAAUUUUGGUUAAUUAAGGUUAUAUUUCAACUUUUUGUUGAAGCUGUUCAUGCUAUGUUUAUGAGGCUUACAAUGUUUUUCAUUGUAAGCCUCAUAAAUAUAGCAUGAAUUGCAGGGCUGAUAUAUUAGACUGCACUGCAUACAUAAUGAACUGGCAACUGAUUGGAUAUUUAAUUCUAUAUUAAGUAUCCUUGGAUAUAGAAUCAAGUCAAAUUAUUCAGAUUUGACAAAAAUGUAUAACAUAUACACUU